AUGUCUGCUGAAGAAAUUAUCAAUCAACUGCAAAAUUUGACUGUAGAAGAUAGCAAAUUCGACCUUGCAGAUGGCCACGGAUUUAGUACGUGUUAUGUCUACGAUAAAGAUAUGAAGAAACAUCAAAAUCUUUAUGAUAGAAGCCAUCCAGAAGUGCCAGAUAGAAUAUCUCGUAUUUACGAUAAAUGUCAAGAAUAUGAAUUAUUAAAAAAGUGUAAACGAUUACCGUCUAGGGUAGCGACUGAUGAGGAACUCUUAAUAAUGCAUAGUCAAAAUCUAAUUGAUACAUUAAGAGCCACUCAGACUAUGAAAAGUAGAGAUCUUUCCAAAUACGCCGAUUCUUUAGAUUCUAUAUACUUACAUCCGAGCUCUUUUGAAUGCGCUAAAUUGGCUGCAGGAUGUACGUUAGCAGUCAUAGAGGAAGUAGCUAGUGGAAAAUCAUUGAAUGGAAUAGGAAUUGUGCGGCCUCCAGGGCACCACGGAUUUCAUGAUAUUUGCUCUGGUUUCUGUCUCUUUAACAAUGUAGCAAUUGCUGCUAAAAAAGUUCAAUCUUAUCCAAAUAUUGAUAGAAUUCUAAUUGUUGAUUGGGAUGUACAUCACGGAAAUGGCACACAAUCAUUAUUUUAUAAAGAUCCUAGCGUCCUUUACUAUUCCAUUCAUCGCUACGAUCACGCUGAAUUUUAUCCUUUCAUGGAAGAUGCAAAUUAUGAUAGAGCUGGGGAGGAGGCAGGCGAAGGAUUUAAUAUUAAUGUUGCAUGGAAUAAGUUCAAUCCAGAUCUAGUUAUUGUAUCGGCUGGAUUUGAUUCGGCACGAGGAGAUCCCAAGGGCCUAUGUAAUGUCACUCCGGAAGGGUUCGCACAUUUAACGAAACUAUUGAUGAAUCUUGCCAAUGGUCGCUUGGCAUUAAUACUAGAGGGUGGAUACAAUCUCACUUCUAAUGCAGAAUCAAUGGCUGCGUGUUUACGAGUACUACUUGGAGAGUCAUGCCCGCCGUUAGAAGAGGCUGCUAUUCCAUGCCAAAGUGCCCUCGAAUCGAUCAGUAAUACGCUAAAGACUCACUCCAAAUACUGGAAGUCACUGAGAUUACCAGCUUUCACGACUGACGAUACUCAAAAACGAGAAAGCGAGACUGAAAAAAUGAAACCAGCAGAAAAAAGACCAACGACUAGUUCAGACACUCAAAAACGAGAAAGCGAGACUGAAAAAAUGAAACCAGUAGAAAAAAGACCAACGACUAGUUCAAAAAAAAAGAACAAAGCUCGUGUGCAACACAAGGAAGCGACUGAUGAACCAACGUAA